AGGAUACAUGAUAUCUUAUGGCUCAUUCUUUAGAAGAACAGCAAUACCUUUUAGCACGCGAUAGAAUACGUGAUGGAGAACUACCUUUUUUGAAGACAACAUUUGAAGGGGAUGGAUGGCUUCAAAUAUUUGAAGAUAAAGAGACUUAUUUGAUGAUGGCAUGCUAUUACAGGCAGAGAUCAGUUAUAGAAUUCUUGAUAAAUAAAGCCCUUGAAAAUAUCAGCAAGCCUGUAGUUCAACAAUGGCUGAAAGUGGUAGCACCAAACGACAACAAUGCUCUCCACAACUACAUAUGUUUAUCUGCUGUUGCCUAUAGACGGAAACCACGGCAUGAUGGGCUGCCAAUUCUUACCUCCAUUAUCCAGCAGCUUGUCAAGCUAGGAUUUGACGUCAACGCUCCAAACUCAUAUGGGGAAACCGCCCUGUUCCUAGCUGGAGCAAACAGUGACCUCAUCUCUGUGGAAACUCUGAUUAAAUUAGGUGCAGAUGUAAAUGCAAAGUGUUGUGUAUUGCUGGAGACAAUACUUCACCAGGCAUGUUUAUCAGAGAGACACCUGAUGAUGGAGACCCUGUUGCAAGUUCCUGGUAUAGCUGUAAGUGCACUCAACAUGCACGGAUGGACUCCCCUUCAUUUAGCUGCUCAAAGAGGUGAUGUGUACAAAGUUAGGCGAUUACUGGAGGCUGGAGCAGAUGUGACCAUCCAAUCAAAGCGAGGAGAUACUCCUUUGUUCUUUAGCGUACAGAAGAAGGCAAGUGAUGUCAGCGACAGUGCGUUCAGUUUCAUAUUCGACUUCAUCAAAAAGACCAUGGAUGCAGAGAAAGCUGAGGCCAUGUUUUUACAUGUAGACAAGAAGGGUGAGUCACUUUUAGAUUGUUCCGUGAAAUAUGAAAACGUCAUAGCUUUGAAGACACUUUUGGAAUAUGAUGGGCUAUUUGACAUCAACCAGAGGGAUGACCAGGGACGCUCUCUGCUGCAUUUAUCCAUCAUCCAUGCCCCGAACAAAGAUGUCAUGACUUAUUUAGUGGAUCAUGGACUUUCUCCCAAUGAGUUGGACUUUAAGGGUAACACUCCUUUGAUCUACUUUUUCAAGCAAACACGAAUUAUUCCGCACAUGCCUGUAACUACUGCAGGUGCUCCGAAUCUUAAUGUCUAGAAUCCUAUCUGAUAUGCUAUGCUUAGUUAUUUUAUUAGUUUCUCGGAGAAUAGCAACUUAUUUGGCUGAUUUAAUUUACAAUGUCUUAAGGCUUGUUAGUUUGAUUGGUGUUGAACAUUUUAUUAUAUAAUUGACAUUACUAUUUAUGUUAUAUUGAGACCAUAAUAUUUGAAUGCUAUUAUAACUAUUCGAAAAUAAGUUUGAUAUUAUGCAUGUAACAUUGUUUGUUUUUGUACUAAUAUAUGCUUGCUUUAUUGCAUCAAAUAAUUUAAUUUUCAAAACCUGUUUAAAUUGAUCUAUCGUAAAUUACCUCAGUUUGUUGGCAAAUCUUGUCUGUUUUUUAGAAAGUUUUAUACUUGAUUACAUUAUUUAUUUGACAUUUAAUAUAAGCUUAUUUUGAAUUUGAAAACUGUGUGUUAGUAUUUUAUACAUGUAGUAUAUAGUAUCGUGAUUCAACCUAUGUUUUGGUUUAUUGUACAGGUUUUAUAUUUUGUUGGGGAGAUAUUUCAACAUUAAGAUUAGUGGGCAAUUUUAAGUAUUUUUUUUGAUAUUCUUCUGUACAAUGAUAUAGCUUGCUGCUUCUUUUGAAGAUAUUUUUUUCUGAUAUUCUUCUGUACAAUGAUAUAGCUUGCUGCUUCUUUUGAAGAUAUUUGAUUCAAUCGUUUUUUACACUUUACAACGACAAGCUAAAAUUUUACUCAAUCU